CGUCGGUCGCGUUUUUGCGAGUUCUACGCUUCACCGUCUUCGUCGUCGUUUCGCAGCCCGAUCGCCCGAUGCUCUAGUCAAAAGCGGGCACUCGCGAUGAUGAAAAAGAGACGCAAGCCCGGAACGCAAUACUGUUGUGUGGUUGGUUGUAAUAACAACCUCAGGAAUUCUAGUCACUCCUUGAAAUUCUACCGGUUCCCCGGAAAACCGUACGAGGCCCUGCGACGCCAAGCCUGGAUCACGGCGGUGCGGCGGCAAAAGGAGGACGGUUCUGACUGGGUUCCGUCCCAGUCGGCCAGGAUCUGCAGCGCCCACUUUGUGGGCAACUGCAGGAAGGAGUCCGAGGCUCACCCGUCCUAUGUCCCGACCAUCUUCCCUGCGGUCUACGGAAGAAAGAAGGCACCCAACACGGGCAAGGCACAGAAGAUGCUUAAAAGUACCGGACAAGGCCGGCCGCAGCCGCCGUUGUUGGAAGCGCCCCAGCCCGUUUCCGACUGGGACCCGCUCCAGAUGCUCGUCGACGUGGCGACCGAGGCGGCGUCCUUCAAGCGCACGUCUACGGUGGGAACGCAGUGCAACCGCGUGCCACUCAGGCUCCUGUCGUCUGCUUCGGGCGGCCGAGACGGCUCCACCCAGGUCGCUUGCGCGGAGCAAGUGGACGCGGGCACGAGCACGGAGGAUGACUGGCUACGGCAGACUGGUGUCCUUGGGCUUGAGUCACCCAGGGACGCGAAGCAUACGUUGCAGGAGUGUAGCGUAGUGACAACCGCUUUCGGUCUGUCGCCUAGCCCAACACCUGGGACCAGCCACCACAACAACCGGCUGAACCCGAGCUUGCCAGUGUCUUUUGCCAACCUGCCCAACAACGCCCAGCUGGAACUGCGGGCGGGCGCCAACCCCGCAGCCGUGGGGGGCCACGCCAAGGUGGACAUCUGCCUCCAGCUGGAGUCCGGUGAGCGGCUCGUGGCCCCGUUCCCGUCGUCUGCUUCCCUCCUCGACGUCGUCCGCCACUGGCCGGACAAGACUGAGGAUCAAGGGGCUGAUCAUGCAAUGGACUUGGUCUGCGUUUACAUGAGGCAAGAGGUUGUAGGCAAGGACAAGCUCCGGGAAACCACCUUACAGAACCUUGGCCUCACGAGCGGCAAGGCAGUCAUCAGGCUUCUGCGGCGACCUGCAGGUACGGCCGGCCAGCAAGCUCACGUGAGUCGGCACUUUGCGGUUCCUUUCAAGAAGGAGGAGGGAGCGUGCCGAGAGCAUGUGCAAAGGCAGAGUCCAUCCAGAGAAAAGAGUCCACCUCCAGCCCCGGUGGCCACGGUGACUCCGGCUAGAGCGCAGUCCCCACCAAGGGCGCAGAGUCCAGUAUCAGAGAGGAAGGUAGCCACAAAGCCGGCAAUGGAUGCAUCUGCCGGCCACACGCUGGGGGGUGCAGCACCCAAGGCAAUCUCCAUGGCCCACGCCCCGCCGAACGGUCCUCCGGCCACGUCCGCCUCGGCGCCUUCCCAGAGUGAAAAGCCACUCAUGAUGAAGGACGAGGACGUCAAAUAUAUUGGGCAGCGUAAAGCCGUCCUGUUUAACCUGGAGCACUGUCCUCCUCUCUCCGCAGAGGAGCCGGACGACAGCUUCUUCAAGCUCACCGUGGAGGAUGCCAAGUACCUGGCUGCAGAUUACAAGAGGCAGAGGGAGGAGCUGGAGGAGCGUCCGCUGGAGACCUCGGAGCUACGGCACGCCCGGGCCAAGAGGCUGUCUCUGCAGUACCGCAGUGCCCUCAUCCGCAUCUACUUCCCGGACAGGCUCGUCCUUCAGGCCAUCUUCCAGCCCGAGGAGAGGGUUGGAGACGUGAUCCAGUUUGUGCGUGGCUUCCUGCGGAAUGGACGACAGAAAUUUUAUUUGUAUACUUCCCCUCCAAAGACUGUGCUCGAAGAAAGGACUUCAUUGGUUGAAGCCGACCUGGUUCCGGCAUCGGUGGUCCACUUUGGGAGCGAGGAGAACCCGCAUGGACCCCUGCUAAGGGACGAGGUGAUGGCCCUCAUCUCCAGCCCGGAUGGGGCCUCCACGUCUGCCCUGCGCCUCAGGUCCAAACGCAACAUUGUGCCCCAAGACGUGGACAUGGAAGCGCAGGCUCCGGCGCCGACUUCAGAGCGCGAGGCGUCGCGGGGUUCGGACCCUCCGCCUCAGCGCGUGAGCGGCGGCCCCGACCGCGAAACUUCGCCACAGAGAAAGACGGCGGCGUCAGAGAAACCGCCACCCAAGUGGUUCACCAUGGGUAAGAAGUGAGAAUCGGAAUUUGCGUCUACAUUUAGGGCACAAUAAAAGUUGUUUUGUACAUUCA